CCACGAUUACUAAUUAACUAAAAAUUCUGAUCCUGGAAAUAAAAGCUGGCCAUUCAUUUGCAUUUGAAAGCCAUUAACAUUUUCUUGAUAGGUCAGUAAAUAGUUACCAGAUCUUUGGUUGCUUUGGUGGACUGUGCUCCUCUGCUUUUAUUGCUAAGCCAUCCUUCAGGCAGAGAGGGAGCGGCUGCAGGAGAUAAUGAGAGAUGGCAAGAAAGAAGCUGAAAAAAUUUACUACUUUGGAGAUUGUGCUCAGUGUUCUUCUGCUCGUGUUGUUUAUCAUCAGUAUUGUUCUAAUUGUGCUUUUAGCCAAGGAGUCAUUGAAAUCAACAGCCCCAGAUCCCGGGACAACUGGUACCCCAGAUCCUGGAACAACCACUUCCACGCAGUCUAGGACAACUGGUCCCCCAGAUCCUGGAACAACUGGUUCCACGUAUCCUACGACAACGGGUCCCCUAGAUCCUGGAACAACUAGUACCACUCCUGUUUCUGCUGAAUGUCCCGUGGUAAAUGAAUUGGAACGAAUUAAUUGCAUCCCUGACCAGCCACCAACAAAGGCCACAUGUGACCAACGUGGCUGUUGCUGGAAUCCCCAGGGAGCCGUAAGUGUUCCCUGGUGCUACUAUUCCAAGAAUCAUAGCUACCACAUGGAGGGCGACCUUGUAAACACAAAUGCAGGAUUCACAGCCCGGUUGAAAAAUCUGCCUUCUUCACCCAUCUUCGGAAGCAAUGUUGACAAUGUUCUUCUCACAGCAGAAUAUCAGACAUCUAAUCGUUUCCACUUUAAGUUGACUGACCAAACCAAUAAAAGGUUUGAAGUACCCCACGAACAUGUGCAGUCCUUCAGUGGAAAUGCUGCUGCUUCUUUGACCUACCGAGUUGAAAUCUCCAGAGAGCCAUUUAGCAUCAAAGUGACCAGAAGAAGCAACAAUCGUGUUUUGUUUGACUCAAGCAUUGGGCCCCUCCUGUUUGCCGACCAGUUCUUGCAGCUCUCCACCCGACUGCCUAGUGCUAAUGUGUAUGGCCUGGGAGAGCAUGUGCACCAGCAGUACCGGCAUGAUAUGAAUUGGAAGACCUGGCCCAUAUUUAACAGGGACACAACUCCCAAUGGAAACGGAACUAAUUUGUAUGGUGCGCAGACAUUCUUCCUGUGUCUUGAAGAUGCUAGUGGAUUGUCCUUUGGGGUGUUUCUGAUGAACAGCAAUGCCAUGGAGGUUGUCCUUCAGCCCGCGCCAGCCAUCACUUACCGCACCACUGGGGGCAUUCUCGACUUCUAUGUGUUCUUGGGAAACACUCCAGAGCAAGUUGUUCAAGAAUAUCUAGAGCUUAUUGGGCGGCCAGCCCUUCCCUCCUACUGGGCACUUGGAUUUCACCUCAGUCGUUAUGAAUAUGGAACCUUAGACAACAUGAGAGAAGUCGUGGAGAGAAAUCGCGCAGCACAGCUCCCUUAUGAUGUUCAACAUGCUGAUAUUGAUUAUAUGGAUGAGAGAAGGGACUUCACUUAUGAUCCAGUGAAUUUUAAAGGCUUCCCUGAAUUUGUCAAUGACUUACACAAAAAUGGACAGAAGCUUGUCAUCAUUGUGGAUCCAGCCAUCUCCAACAACUCUUCCUCAAGUAAACCCUAUGGCCCAUAUGACAGGGGUUCAGAUAUGAAGAUAUGGGUGAAUAGUUCAGAUGGAGUGACUCCACUCAUUGGGGAGGUCUGGCCUGGACAAACUGUGUUUCCUGAUUAUACCAAUCCCAACUGUGCUGUUUGGUGGACAAAGGAAUUUGAACUUUUUCAUAAUCAAGUGGAGUUUGAUGGAAUCUGGAUUGAUAUGAAUGAAGUCUCUAACUUUGUUGAUGGUUCGGUCUCAGGAUGUUCCACAAACAACCUAAAUAAUCCCCCAUUCACUCCCAGAGUCCUGGAUGGGUACCUGUUCUGCAAGACUCUCUGUAUGGAUGCAGUGCAGCACUGGGGCAAGCAGUAUGACGUUCACAAUCUGUACGGCUACUCCAUGGCGGUUGCCACAGCAGAAGCUGCCAAGACUGUGUUCCCUAAUAACAGAAGCUUCAUUCUGACCCGUUCUACCUUUGCGGGUUCUGGCAAGUUUGCAGCACAUUGGUUAGGAGACAACACCGCCACCUGGGAUGACCUGCGAUGGUCCAUCCCUGGCGUCCUUGAGUUCAACCUUUUCGGCAUCCCAAUGGUGGGUGCUGACAUAUGUGGCUUUGCCUUGGAUGCCCCUGAGGAGCUCUGUAGGCGGUGGAUGCAGUUGGGCGCAUUUUAUCCAUUUUCUAGAAAUCACAAUGGCCAAGGCUUCAAGGACCAGGAUCCUGCCUCCUUUGGAGCUGACUCCCUGCUGUUGAAUUCCUCCAGGCACUACCUUAACAUCCGCUAUACUCUAUUGCCCUACCUAUACACCCUCUUCUUCCGUGCUCACAGCCGAGGGGACACGGUGGCCAGGCCCCUUUUGCAUGAGUUCUAUGAGGACAACAGCACUUGGAAUGUGCACCAACAGUUCUUAUGGGGGCCUGGCCUCCUCAUCACUCCAGUUCUGGAUGAAGGUGCAGAGAAAGUGAUGGCAUAUGUGCCUGAUGCUGUCUGGUAUGACUACGAGACUGGAAACCAAGUGAGAUGGAGGAAGCAAAAAGUCGAGAUGGAACUUCCUGGAGACAAAAUUGGACUUCACCUUCGAGGAGGCUACAUCUUUCCCACACAGCAGCCAAAUACAACCACUCUGGCCAGUCGAAAGAACCCUCUUGGUCUUAUCAUUGCCCUAGAUGAGAACAAAGAAGCAAAAGGAGAACUUUUCUGGGAUGAUGGGGAAACGAAGGAUACUGUGGCCAAUAAAGUGUAUCUUUUAUGUGAGUUUUCUGUCACUCAAAACCGCUUGGAGGUGAAUAUUUCACAAUCAACCUACAAGGACCCCAAUAAUUUAGCAUUUAAUGAGAUUAAAAUUCUUGGGACAGAAGAACCUAGUAAUGUUACAGUGAAACACAGUGGUGUCCCAACUCAGACUUCUCCUACAGUCACUUAUGAUUCUAACCUGAAGGUUGCCAUUAUCACAGAUAUCAAUCUUCUCCUGGGAGAAGCAUACACAGUGGAGUGGGAUAUAAAGAUAAGGGAUGAUGAAAAAAUAGACUGUUACCCUGAUGAGAAUGGCGCUUCUGCAGAAAACUGUGCUGCCCGUGGCUGUAUCUGGGAGGCAUCCAAUUCUUCUGGGGUCCCUUUUUGCUAUUUUGUCAACGAUCUAUACUCUGUCAGUAAUGUUCAAUAUAAUUCACAUGGGGCCACAGCUGACAUCUCCUUAAAGUCUUCCGUUUAUGCCAAUGCCUUCCCCUCCACACCCGUGAACCCCCUUCGCCUGGAUGUCACUUACCAUAAGAAUGAAAUGCUGCAGUUCAAGAUUUAUGAUCCCAACAACAAUCGGUAUGAAGUUCCAGUUCCUCUGCAUGUACCCACGGUGCCAUCCGGCACCCCUGAGGGUCAACUCUAUGAUGUUCUCAUUAAGAAGAAUCCAUUUGGGAUUGAAAUUCGCCGCAGGAGUACAGGCACUAUAAUUUGGGACUCUCAGCUCCUUGGUUUCACCUUCAAUGACAUGUUUAUUCGCAUCUCCACCCGCCUUCCCUCCAAGUACCUCUAUGGCUUUGGGGAAACUGAGCACACAUCCUAUAGGAGAGACUUGGAGUGGCACACUUGGGGGAUGUUCUCCCGAGACCAGCCCCCAGGGUACAAGAAGAAUUCCUAUGGUGUCCACCCCUACUACAUGGGGCUGGAGGAGGACGGCAGUGCCCACGGAGUGUUCCUGCUGAACAGCAAUGCCAUGGACGUGACGUUCCAGCCCCUGCCUGCCUUGACAUACCGUACCACAGGGGGAGUUCUGGACUUUUAUGUGUUCUUGGGGCCAACUCCAGAGCUUGUCACCCAGCAGUACACUGAGUUGAUUGGCCGGCCUGUGAUGGUACCUUACUGGUCUUUGGGUUUCCAGCUGUGUCGCUAUGGAUACCAGAACGACUCUGAGAUCGCCAGCUUGUAUGAUGACAUGGUGGCCGCCCAGAUCCCUUAUGACGUGCAGUACUCAGACAUCGACUACAUGGAGCGGCAGCUGGACUUCACCCUCAGCCCCAAGUUUGCUGGGUUUCCAGCUCUGAUCAACCGCAUGAAGGCUGAUGGGAUGCGGGUCAUCCUCAUUCUGGAUCCAGCCAUUUCCGGCAAUGAGACACAGCCCUAUCCUGCCUUCACUCGGGGCUUGGAGGAUGACAUCUUCAUCAAAUACCCAAAUGAUGGAGACAUUGUCUGGGGAAAGGUCUGGCCCGAUUUUCCUGGUAUUGUUGUGAAUGAAUCUCUAGACUGGGACAGCCAAGUGGAGCUAUAUCGAGCUUAUGUGGCCUUCCCAGACUUUUUCCGUAAUUCAACUGCCAAGUGGUGGAAGAGAGAAAUAGAAGAACUAUACAACAAUCCACAGAAUCCAGAGAGGAGCUUGAAGUUUGAUGGCCUGUGGAUUGAUAUGAAUGAACCAUCAAGCUUCGUGAAUGGGGCAGUUUCUCCAGGCUGCAGGGAUGCCUCUCUGAACCGCCCUCCCUACAUGCCACAUUUGGAGUCCAGGGACAGGGGCCUGAGCAGCAAGACCCUGUGCAUGGAGAGUCAGCAGAUCCUCCCAGACGGCUCCCCGGUGCAGCACUACAACGUGCACAGCCUGUACGGGUGGUCCCAGACCAGACCCACAUACGAAGCCAUGCAGGAGGUGACGGGACAGCGAGGGGUCGUCAUCAGCCGCUCCACAUUUCCGUCUUCUGGCCGCUGGGCAGGACAUUGGCUGGGAGACAACACGGCCGCGUGGGAUCAGCUGAAGAAAUCUAUCAUUGGCAUGAUGGAGUUCAGCCUCUUCGGCAUAUCCUAUACAGGAGCAGAUAUCUGUGGGUUCUUUCAAGAUGCUGAAUAUGAGAUGUGUGUUCGCUGGAUGCAGCUGGGGGCCUUUUACCCCUUCUCAAGAAACCAUAACACCAUUGGGACCAGGAGACAAGACCCUGUGUCCUGGGAUGCUGCUUUUGUGAACAUUUCCAGAAAUGUCCUGCAGACCAGAUACACCCUGUUGCCAUAUCUGUAUACCUUGAUGCAUAAGGCCCACACGGAGGGCAUCACUGUUGUGCGGCCUCUGCUUCAUGAGUUUGUGUCAGACCAGGUGACGUGGGACAUAGACAGUCAGUUCCUGCUGGGCCCAGCCUUCCUGGUCAGCCCUGUCCUGGAGCGCAAUGCCAGAAAUGUCACUGCAUAUUUCCCUAGAGCCCGCUGGUACGAUUACUACACGGGUGUGGAUGUGAAUGCAAGAGGAGAGUGGAAGACCUUGCCAGCCCCUCUUGACCACAUUAAUCUUCAUGUCCGUGGGGGCUACAUCCUGCCCUGGCAAAAGCCUGCACUGAACACCCACUUAAGCCGCCAGAAGUUCAUGGGCUUCAAAAUUGCCUUGGAUGAUGAGGGAACUGCUGAGGGCUGGCUCUUCUGGGAUGAUGGGCAAAGCAUUGAUACCUAUGGGAAAGGACUCUAUUACUUGGCCAACUUUUCUGCCAGCCAGAAUACGAUGCAAAGCCAUAUAAUUUUCAACAAUUACAUCACUGAUACAAAUCCUUUGAAACUGGGCUACAUUGAAAUCUGGGGAGUGGGCAGUGUCCCCAUUACCAGUGUCAGCAUAUCUGUGAGCGGCAUGGCCAUAACACCCUCCUUCAACAAUGACCCCACGACACAGGUAUUAAGCAUCGAUGUGACUGACAGAAACAUCAGUGUACAUAAUUUUACUUCAUUGACAUGGAGAAGCACUCCGUGAAUUUUUAGAGCAAGAUUCUAACUAUGAACGACUUUGAAACUACUACUACUUCAUGCUCAUAAAAAUUAUUGUGUGUUGCUAAUUGGUUCAUACCCACUGUUGGUGAAAUAUUUUUGUUAAUUUUGUUGUAUGUUUUGUGUGUGAACUCCAAAGGUUAAAUCUUAGCCCUGUGGGAUGGGCAGUUAGGGAGGUGUGGAAAAUCUAUGCAUUACCUGAAUGUCUCUAUGUGGUUAGUAUGGUAGUGAUUGUUCAUCAUAUGACAUUGACUGAAGAUGAACUGGGCCCAUGAUGAAGUGUGUGUAUGUCCAUGUGUGUAAUCAUGGAAUGGACCCCAUUCUCUUGUUAAACACACAAGAAAAAGCUUUCGGUGGCAGUUCCAGGUCUUGAAGCUAAUCAGCAUCUCAAGAAAGUCUCCAGAAAGAACAUCUGCUAGUUGAUUACAGGCAGCAGGGGGAAUAAUACACCUAAUUGGUUAUAGGUGGGGGGAGCAUGAUAAGCAAAGAAAAGGCAAACACAAGGAAAGAUCAGAGGAAACAGAAGAUGAUAGUAAAAGUGAUCAUAGUAAGAGCAUAAUGUGAAAUUAUCAACAGCCUCAUGGGGAGGAAAAAGGAAGAGUCAACUCACCUGAGAGAAGAGGGUCUUGAGAAAUCUUUAGCAUAAAGGGCUAGUGGUGAGAUUGAGAUCUGAGCAGGCAAAGCUGAAAAGAGAGUUUGGAUGUUAAAAAUAAUUUAUUUUUGCAGUGGUGUGCUUUGAAGUGUGUAAAUCUUAUUUCUAAUGUAUAUAACCACAUUUCACAUAAAAAUACGCAAUUUAUAUGGCGGAUAAAAAUAAAACAAGUGAAUUUGCA